AUGCUCAGCAUUAUGGCGCACGUAAAAUCGAACCAACGUAUCGAGGACCAUCGCAAUCUCGCCGAUUGGUCGUUCUACGCGAAUGAGUCUUCAGGCGAGCAGUACUACGAGAUGCCCAUCGAUAUGCGCUUCAACUCGGGCCACAUCCUGUCCAUCAUGGUCUACACCACACUGAUGGUUUUUUCGGCUACCGGCAACAUCACCGUGCUCAGCAUCCUUGCGCAAAGGAAGGUACGCGCCUCGUCUCGCAUCAACAUAAUGCUCGCACAUCUGGCCAUUGCUGAUUUGUUGGUAACCUUUCUCAUGAUGCCACUAGAGAUAGGGUGGGCUUACACGGUCAGAUGGACCGCUGGGGACUUGAUGUGCCGUGUGAUGGCUUUCUUCCGCACCUUUGGACUGUAUCUCUCCAGCUUCAUCUUAAUUUGCAUCUCAGUUGACAGGUACUUUGCGGUUUUGAAACCUUUGAAGGUGCAUGAAAAUCGUGCAUUUUUAAUGAUCACUGCCGCUUGGAUAAUGUCCGGUAUCUGCAGUUUACCGCAGUCGUUCAUCUUCCAUCUGGAAGGACACCCGAAUAUCACCGGCUACCAGCAGUGCGUCACGUACCAUUUCUUCGAGGAGGAAAUUUAUGAAAUCAUUUACAACGUGCUGGGAAUGUGUCUCAUGUACGCGUUUCCACUGAUUGUCAUUCUGUUCUGCUAUGGCUCGAUAUACUACGAAAUCUUCAGCCAAACUAAUCCCAGAAACCUAGAAAGCUUCCGUCGUUCGAGUAUAGACGUGCUCGGAAGAGCGAAAAGAAAAACGCUACGGAUGACCAUAACCAUCGUGAUAGUGUUCGUUGUUUGCUGGACGCCAUACUAUGUUAUGUCCUUGUGGUACUGGCUGGAUAAGGAGUCGGCCAAAAAUGUGGACCAGCGUAUACAGAAGGGUUUGUUCCUGUUCGCCAGCACGAACAGCUGCAUGAACCCAGUGGUGUAUGGUAUCUACAAUGUGCGGAAGAAACACCACAAAAACCACCUGAAAACUCAGGAUAAAAGCUGUGGCAGUCACUUAACCGUGAAGGUGUGA